AUGCCUCAAGCACAGCCAGAGUUGAAGAAGUAUAUGGAAAAGCGAAUCUUCUGCCAACUGAACGGUAACCGCAAAGUCAUUGGAAUCUUGAGAGGCUACGAUGUUUUCAUGAAUAUCGUCCUUGACGAGGCUUUUGAAGAGAAGACGGGCGGAGAGAAGGUCGCCAUCGGCAUGGUUGUCAUUCGUGGUAAUUCCGUCGUUAUGCUUGAGGCUCUGGAGCGGAUAAGCGAGAAAUAA